AACGCUUUAAAAAAAAAGGAUGGUUUCGGUUGGAAUGACUCUAAAGAAAGAGCGACUGUUAGAAAGUCGCUUGUUUCGUGUAUCUGCACAUUUUUGCAUACUGAGUGAAUAAAUCGGAUUUCGAGAAUUUCCAAAAACUUAUUUAAAACGUAACAGUCAUCUCCCUUGAUGUGGGAAAUGCAUAGAUACACUGAGUUAUCGUGUUGAUUCGUCGUUUGAUUAUUUCUUAGCAAUACAGACACUAACCACUUUCCAAGGGUUUUCGAAUCUACCCCAUUAACAAAUAAGAGGUAAUUGUUCCAAGUGAUUCUGUAAUACAAAAGUAUAACUUUACUCUUUGAUAUAUCAUACCAGGAAACUGAUUCAGGUCAUCUUUGAUAUAAUGACUACUACGGAUGCUCAAUGUGUAAGUGAAUACACAACAGAUGAUCGUUUUCAUCAAUCAACUGGGGAGGAUUUAAUGAAAUGUUUCAAUAAAUAUGACAUGACGCAUAAAAAGCGAGGUGUCGCUUACAUCUUCAACAAUGAAAAUUUCCAACACUCGGAACUUAAAACUCGACUCGGCUCAUCAAAAGAUGCAGAAGAUUUUAAAAAGGCAUUAAUUAAACUUGGAUUCCAUAAAGAUGAUAUCAAUCUUUAUACAGAUGCAACAGCUGAAGAAAUGUGUGGCGCUUUGAAACAGUUUGGAAAAAAAAAUUCUCAUCCUGAUCUUGAUUGCUUUAUUUGUGCAAUACUAAGUCACGGUGACUCAGACGAUCUUAUCUAUGGAUACGACGAUGUUGUUAAACUAGACAAAUUGCUUUCUUAUUUGAGACCCGGUUGUUGUCCAUCUUUAACAGGAGUACCUAAAUUAUUCUUUGUUCAAGCAUCUCGUGGAAGUAAGAUUGAUUUUGGGAUCGAAAAAACUGAUGCUGAUUUAUUAAGGAAUCGAGAAAGGGCACCCAAAAUUCCAGUUAUGGCAGAUAUGUUGGUUGUUUAUUCAUCGUGUAAUGAAUAUCCUUCUUUCGGAAAUAAAGAAGGAGGCUCGUGGUUUAUGCAAGCUCUAAGUAAAAUUUUAAUGAAAUAUGGCAACGAGUAUGAAAUCAUGAAACUUUUAACCGCUGUCUCUAACUAUGUUGCCUCUUUAGGCUUCCAAAGUUCGGAUAAUUCGGAAUACAAUGGCAAUAAACAAAUGCCUCAAAUUAUGUCGACAUUGAUUAAAGAACUAAAGUUUCAGUCCAAGAACUAAAUGUACCGUUUACUUUAAUAUACACACUAAAGUUUUAUGUAAAUAUAUGUAUACAAAUACAAAAUGCAUGUGCUUUUAUAUAUAAUUCCUAGACCUAAAAUGUUUAGAUAAAUGUAACAUUUUAAACUAAUUAUUUUUUAUAACUGUUAAUAUGAUUCCAAUCUUGAUUUGGUUUCUUUUUAAGGUGUUUAACUAAACCUAUUCCUACUAUUUCGUUUUGGGAUUUGGUUUUCAAGAUUCUUUAAGUGAGUUCGUGUGUUGAAGCAUACACUGUUGUGUCUGGGGAGAGUCAUUCUCUUUUAGUGCCUUAUUUCCUUUAUUUUUCUAAAAUUCUCGUUGCGUCUUGCAAACUUUUAAUAGUUAAAACUAUUGAAAAGGUUGCAAGACGCAACGAAACUUUUAGAAAAAUAAAGAAGGGAAUAAGUGGAAAUUUUACAGGUUAGUGUUAAAUUAUAAGGCACUAAAAGAGAAUGAUUCUCCCCAGACACAACAGUAUUCCCUACUAUUCUUUAUCAAAAGGAAUACAAGUGCCCUAUUUAUUCACGCACAAACAUGCAUAUACGAAAUAUACAAACAGAAAAUGACUAUUUGUGUAUGUGUCUGUGUGUGUAAAAUGAAUAUGAAUUAGCAAACGAAUUACCAUCCCCAAGUAUAACGAUCUAUAUUUCAAACUAAUCUUUCUCCCUGAAAAUUCAACUGACAUUGUCUUAUAUACAACUAAAUAUGAACACUAUUAAGAUAUAAACAAACGAUUGAUUACUUAUUUGUUUUGAUAUUUAACCGAUUCGCUAACAAUAACGAAGUGAUAUUGAA